AUGCCUCGACUUGGCAUCGUCUUUUUACAAGUUUUUUUAGCAUUUCUUGUCGUACAGUGCUCCGCUCGCAGUGUGGAGAGUACUAAUGGCGUUCUAAUACAGAGACUUAAACGAUCAUAUUAUGAAUGUGAUCCACCACCACCGGCCCCGCAGCCACAUUGGCCACCACCUCCGCCACAUUGGCCACCACCACCACCGCCGCCGCCGCCGCCGCCACCACCACCACCACCACCACAAGGAUAUUGGCCACCACCGCCACCACCACCACCACCAUUCUGGCAUCAUCAACACCAUCAUGGCCAUCACGGCCACGGAUUUGACAAAGACGACUUUCAACGACUAAACAGUCAAAACCAGGGAGACGUUGCGAUUCCUUGUGACACAUGUCACAAGCAGAACACAGCGGAAAGUAACUCAUUCAGUGUUAAUGGCAACGCUGUAGCUAUUGCCAUAGCCAAAGCUAGUGGUAAAAGA